CAGCUUCUCAACACUUCUCAUGUUCAGAAACAUUCGGGUCUGUUCAGUGAAUAAAAAUUCCCUUUGGCGAAUGAACAACUUUAGCUGUACUUAUUAAACAAGGAAUAACAAUGCUAAGAGACGCGACAUGAUGAUUUCAACCUAAGUGGCUGAGGCUGUACAGUGUUUUGCCGAAUAGGGAUGGAUGUCACGAUGGAAUCGGAUUUGUCCCUGCUAUCUUCUUGCAGGGAAGAAUUCAAGGUGGAGAAUUAUAUACAACCACAUUACAAGGAGGCAUAUCGGUUAGCCAUCGACUGUCUUGUCAGUGAGGGAGAAGAUUCUUAUCAAAAUUUUAUCAAAAAGGAGAGCAUAUGGGGAUUCCUAUCAGAGGAAGAAAUCCACCACAUUACAGAGAGUGCUAUACAGCCACCCACCAGCAACCACUCUGAGGAAGUGGACUGUCCUCAGGAUGACACCUCCACGGGUACAUACUGGCCCACUAACUCUGACACAGACCCUCCAAACUUGGACAUAGGCUGGCCAGAACCCUCGCACAGCAGACUCCAGACCAGCAUAGAGCUGCUCUUCCAUCCACCACGGCAAAAUAGCCCCACCAUCAAGGAAGUGAUCCGGAAAAACAUGCAGGAUGCCAGGCAGGUCAUUGCAAUCGUAAUGGACAUUUUCACUGAUGUGGACAUCUUUAAAGAGCUGGUCGAUGCCUCCGUUAGGGGGGUUCCUGUUUACAUUCUACUCGACCAUGACUACUUCAAAAGUUUUCUCACCAUGGUAGAAAAACAAGACGUCCAAAUCCAGAAACUCAGGAACAUGAGGGUACGUACAGUGAAAGGCCAGGAAUAUUGUUGCAGAUCUGGGGCAAAGUUCCAUGGAAGAAUGGGCCAGAAAUUUAUCCUUUUUGACUGCCAAACAGCAUUUUUUGGAUCAUACAGCUUCAUGUGGUCAUAUGAAAAGAUCAACCUCAGUAUUAUGCAGGUUAUUACAGGCAAACUAGUGGAGACUUACGACGAGGAGUUCCGGACGUUGUAUGCUCGAUCGACUAUCCCAACUCCAUUUCAGACUCCAGACAGGCAGUGUGACAUGAGACCAAAUGGCAAAAUGGAUGGAUACCUCAUUCAUUCCAAUAACCCCUUUGAAAGAAAAGACCAUUUAAGGCAUACGCUCGAUGCAGUUUACCGACAAACUUGUGAAAGGCGAUCAGGGUUUUCACAAGUGAGAGAGAUUGAAGAAAGGCCGGUUCAUGCCUCACACAAUCGAUUACUUCAAGAAACAUCAGAUUUUUACAAAAGACACAGCUAUGCAGGCAAGCGUCAGGAGCCUGCAUGUAUUCCACAACUGUCCAAGUAUGGCUCAAGUAAUUGGAAUGUAGCAGCAGAAAGCUGCCGUUAUGGAGGUUUCUCCAACAACAUGGACAACCAGUAUGAAAGUUACGUUGUCCACCCGAUGUACAGAGGUUCACACAUACGGCAGUCUUACCAUGGCCACGACAAACAAGUUCUCAACAUGAGGCAAAAGCUACCCAGCUUAGCAAGUUCCUCCAAGUCUUUCCUUCGUACCUGGAGGAUAGAGUCUUACCUCAACAACAACAACAACAAUGCAACCUUUGGGGAGAACAUCGAUUAUCUGGACCAGUAUGAGGAGAAUAAAAUGGCGCCUCCUCAGCACUCUCGUCUUAGGUCAUCAAUGGUUUUCACAUCUACCAUUCCAGAGCAACCAGAGACAAACAGCUACACCAAUAAUUCAGCAUCCUUCAACCAUGAUCAAGCAGGAUUUCAGUCAAAUGCCCAGAUCUAUUCCUCAACGCAGUGGAAUCAGCCUUAUACAGGGACUAACACAAACUUCAACUUCGGAAGAGAUGCUAUAUAUGCCAGUCUAAACAAAACUAAAAAUCAAUUUAUAAACAAUGAACCUGACAUCCAACAAGAUAACUGGUACAAGAGGCACAGUGUGGCAGAUCCCAGGACCAAUACAUAUAACAAUGAAAAGAUCGAACCCUCUAGUUAUAUGUAUGCUUCUUUGCCUAGAAGACCAAGAGACAAGGUUUCCACAAAUGAGCUUCCCAGAACUGAAGGGUACACUCCAAAUCUCAAAGAAUCUCAAAUCUCAAAGGACCAGAGAUCCAUCUCGCAUUAUGAUGUAGAAAAGGCAGAUGAGAGUACGACUACUUCAGGCAUAUGGCAAGAACCUCCCUCAAGAACUGUGUCAGCAACACUUCUAGACACAGAGGACAGUCUACCUUCAAAAUCCAUUGGGGUAACAUCGCCACGCUUCUUAAAAAGGAGCACCAAGAAAAUAAGAUCUCUUUUAAACAUCCCACAGAAAGGUGAUGGCUCUCCAAAAAGAAAGAAUGGCUCAAGUCUUAAAAGCAGCACCGAUACGAUUCUCUCAGAUGAUGAUGCAGUACGAGAUAAGAAAUGCCACAGUAGCACUACCAAUUCCAUAAAAUCCAUUAAUAGUAGUAGAUUUAGGAAUGCAGGUGAGAAUAAAUCUGGCCUGGUGGGUGAGACAUCUGCACCACAAUUUAGCACUGAUAAGCUUCAUCAAGGCCAAACCACAAGUGCUGCAGAGACUGCCAAAACACAGGAACAUAUCCCGGUCAUUACUCAGAACGAGAGGUCAGAUGCUACAUUAUCCACAUCAGAUCUGUUGCCAAAGCAACAAGUACCUGCAAACAGGCUGUACAGCAGAUUUGAGCCACUUUGCUCAUUUGAAUCAAAGAGUCCCUCAGCAAGUCAGCCUGUAUCGACAAACAGCCACACAACCCUGAAAACAAGGAAUUCUGUGUUUUUAAGAGGAGAGCCAAUGAGUGACCAUAACAGAUACACAAACCAACAGACACAUGGACAUGACAACAGAUUUGGUCGUUUCAUUCAAAGGGUUGGAAAUUUGAUAAACAAGAAUAAAUACUGAUUAUCUGCUGUGUAGUGAAUUAAUACCACGUUAAAGCUGAAGUGUAUGUUUUCUGCAUCGCCAAAUGGCAUUCCAAAAGUAAUUUUUGUUUUCAAACAGGUUUCUAGAAUAAUUUAUUAAUCUACCUUGGCAGACAAACAAAUAGCCCUGCCCCAAACUCACACCAUCGGUUGAGCCAAUGUCAUUGUGUGGACUGAGUUGUGUUUCUCAAAGGCAUCAUUAGCCAAUUAUAGUCACAAGUUCCAUCUUUAGUAACACACAGUAGUUCAACGAUUUGUUGUUUCCCAAAACCAUAGUUCCAACAAACAUUUGCAAACAGCAUCUCAAAGUUGCUUGGUUUGAACUACAACGCUCCAUUUGUGGUUAAAUACACACCCCUUGUUUGACGUCAUUAAUGAUAGCUCUAUAUUAUCGACCCAACGUGGUCCAAGCAACAGAUGUGGGACAUAGUUAAUAUUGUUUCAGGAAACAGUUGUGACUAGCAAGUACAUUUUUCUAAUGGUGCAUCCUACCCUGGUGGUUCAGCAGUGUUAUGUUGUUGUUCGGGAAACAAACAAACAGAUGUAAUGAACAAUGUUUUGAAAAUGAAAAGGAAAUCAGCCUACAAAUUGCUAACUUAUAGUUGUCUUUGCUUAUUAUACUAUGCUAGGAGGAAUUAUUUUAAUAUCUAAACAAUUAAACACUUCAGCUUUAUAAAUAUAGAAUUAUGUGUUUUACUUGAAUGCAUUAUAGCUAAUGCCUGUGUUGAAGAUUUACAUUACUGGUGAAACUGGUAAAAAUGCUGCAAGCACUGUUAUAUUGUGUUAUUUAAUAGUCUGUCUCAAAAUUAUUUACGAGUAAUAUUUGUGAAUUCAUUUGAAAUGUGUGAGGAUGAUGUGCAAGGGGAUAUGGGCAGAAUUAAUAAUAAUAUGCUUAAAUGUUUCUUGAGUAAUUGCUAUUUUGAAAGUUAACUGAGAGUGAACCACUCAUUUAGAUCUGAUUACAAGCUCUAGUCCACCAUUCAAACAACCUUCAAUUGCACUUUAGCCUGUACAACAGUUUGCUCAGAAUAACCCAGAGUGUCAGGUUGUCAAUGUGAAGUUUAAAUUGAAACGCUGGAACAAAUGCAAGAUAAAUAAAUGUUUGUUGGUAGGUAAUUGGUGCUUUGCUAAUCUUUAAGAGUGAUGAAUACUGGCAUACACUGCACUGGCUUUUGCACUAUAUUUAGGUCACAAUUUAGUUUGU